UAUUAAUACGAGUCAAAACCGUCCCCUUCUUAACUUUUCAAGCUCACAACCUUCAUAUUCCCUCUCCUUCAAUUUCCUAUGAAACCAUCAAACGUUAUUCUUAUCUUACUUAUCUGGAUGCUGGAGAUACUUGCGUUACAUGCAGACUUCCCAGGCACUUGGGAAGUCCUAGUGCACAACGCCAGGAUCGCCUCCAUGCACACAGUUGUCACCCGCUUUAACACCGUGGUCCUUCUAGACCGCACGGACCUCAGCCCUACAGAGCAUGGGUACCCACGUUACCAUUGUCAUGUGGACCCACAGAUUUCCGAAGAUCCAGAGCCUAGACCUGACUGCUACACCUACUCUGCGGUCUAUGAUUUAAUCAACCCGUCUCCACGACCACUAACGAUCAUCACCGACACCUGGUGUUCGUCAGGACAGUUUCUUCCUGACGGCACGCUUCUACAAACUGGCGGUGACCACGACGGCUUCAAAAAAAUACGUAUGUUCGCGCCGUGCGAUACGAAGUCGUUAUGCGAUUGGGAAGAACUUGAUGACAUUGAAUUAACACAAGGUAGAUGGUAUUCAACUAACCAAAUACUACCCAACGGGUCCGUGAUCAUCCUCGGAGGUAAAGACGCGGUUAGCAUCGAGCUUUUUCCUCCCAAAUCCGGUGGCGGUGUCGUAAAUUUCCCCUUUCUUGCCGAUGCAGCUGAUGAUCAAAUGGACACUCUUUACCCCUAUGUCCAUCUUCUCCCAAACGGACAUUUAUUCGUGUUUGCCAACAACAAAUCCGUUCUAUAUGACCACACAAACAACAUUGUAUUAAAACAAUACCCACAAUUGGAAGGGGGCCCACGGAACUACCCAUCUGCGGGCUCUUCGGUUAUGCUUGCGUUAACCGGAGAUUACUCCUCCGCAACCAUUAUUGUUUGCGGAGGAGCACAAUAUGGUGCUUAUAACGCCAUGCACACAACCGCUCCCGCCAAAAGCAGUUGCGGUCGCAUCGAGGCGACUGCAAAGGAGCCGGUUUGGGAAAUGGAGGACAUGCCAGUUCGCCGAAUAAUGGGCGACAUGGUCAUGCUCCCAACUGGUGACAUUUUAAUCAUCAACGGAGCCCAGUCUGGUAGUCAAGGGUUUGAACUGGCUUCAAACCCUUGUCUCCAUCCGGUUUUAUACAAACCGGAUGCGCAGCUGGGCUCCAGGUUUUUUAUACAAAACCCGGGUAAGGUACCCAGGCUGUAUCAUUCAACCGCUAAUUUGCUUCCGGACGGACGAGUUCUCCUCGCCGGAAGCAAUCCACACUCUUACUACAACUUCAGUACCGAAUUCCCAACUGAACUAAAAAUCGAAGCCUUUUCACCGGACUACUUGUCGCCGGUGAAUAAAUUUAUACGGCCGACGAUUAUCGAAAUACCGGAAAAGAUACGUUACGGAGGCGGGUUUGACGUAGUGGUGACGGUUGAUUUUCCGGUGAUGGUGUUGGGUGUGCCAGAGGUGAACAUUGCUAGUGCGCCUUUUGCUACACAUUCUUUCUCACAAGGGCAGAGGCUAGUGAAGCUCGAUGUGUCGGUUGCAUGGUCCGGUAGAUUGGGUUCGUAUAGGCUUGCAUGUAAAGCACCACCGGACGGGAAGGUGGCACCACCGGGAUAUUAUAUGGUGUUUGUGGUUUAUAGGGGUGUACCAAGUGUGGCUAAAUGGGUGCAGUUGGUUUAAUGGUAGGUUAAUUUUUAUGAAUGUCAUGAAAUUAAAGAUUUAUUUUAUGUUUGUUGAAGUUGAAAAUGUAUUGGGUUAUUGAAUUAAUUAAGGUUUUCUUUUUGUAA